AUGCUUCCCCAAUCAGCGCUGACAGUGAUCAGCAACCUUUCACCACUCUUCGCUUUCAGCUCCGUGCGAGCUCAGAUACUGCCGGCGCUGGACGCGGCCAAGAAUUGUUUCUUCCAGAGCCAAAUCAUGGAGUACGUGUGGCUGGGGCUCCUCCUGGGCUUCCUGCUGGGCAUCCUCGCGGGGCUCGGUCUGGCGUGGCGUAUUCGGGGCUCGUGGGAGCACCGCAUCCUGAUCAUGAGGUGCACCGCCGCCGAGGCCGAGUCCGAAGGCGGGGUCGUGGCGACUCCAGCACUGGAAGCAGCGGGGCGGAUCUGGUACGCCCUCGCCCCAGACCUCGACAUCUAUCCGCACGUGCUGGAGGUGAGGGAUGGCGGGAUCACGGGCCUCGCGGCGUUCAAGAACGACGAUUCCAUCAUCCCCGACUCGAACGAGGGGAAGAAGUGGUCAGCUCGGAGUGCGGCAUGCGGCGCCGACUGGGUGCCCACUCCCCUCGAGGUGAUGGAGGCGCUGGAGUUCGUCCAGCCCGAGGACACCGCGACCGACGCGGGGGGCCGGCGGCGCCUGAAAGGCAAGCAGGCAACCCCUGGAGCCAUCGUCCCGACGACAGCAGCUCCAGCGACUGACUUCGACGCUGGGGGACAGGAGCUGCCGGGCGUCUCGCCCCUGGAGUGGCUCGGCCUUGCCUCCGCGGACGGGGGCGCCGACAAGCGGCAGCUGACCUCCACCGAGGUCGACGCCUACGCGAGGACGGGCGACUACGUGCUGGCGCGGCGCGGCGGCGGGCUGCUCAUCGCGGUCGCCGUCGACCCGGCCGCCCCAGGCUCGGAUUUCGAGCUGGGCGCCCGCCUGCUGCUGCCCAUGCUCGACAGCAAGGGCGCGCGGCACCUCUGUUUCUCGCGGGGCGCCCUCCAGUUGACGGAGUCCGCCUGGGCAGGGUUGCCCAUCAUUGGGCCGAGGACGGUGAAGUGGCGCGCGGAGUUCCCGGCGCAUCAGGAUCACCCCCCCCGCGCGAGACACGCAAAGUGGGCGCGCGAGGCGGGUCUUGGGCCUUGGGGCGAGGGAGUGCAAUAUCAUGAUCUUGCGAUGCGUACGUUCGACGUGGGUGCGGUGUUCGAUCAGGCCAACAUCUCGGAGCACGCUGUAUGCAAGUUGUUGGCCAGGCGGGCUCAGAUGGCGGAGUGGCGUCACCGCGACGGGGCGAUCGGCCGCUCAAAGGACGCGCUCUUCGACGACCAGUUUUUUAACAUGGGCACGGGGGGGACCAGAGGAUUGCUGAUGGCCCCCCCCGAGCUGCAGGAGCGCAUCAACGGCGAGCUCCACCGCGAGGCGGCCAUCCUCAAGGAGAAGAGGAAAGUCCGAGAGGAGCGGGCUUUGGCCCGAGGCGGCGGCGGCGGGGGCGGCGCGGGGGGCGGCGGUUCCAGCAAGUCCGAGCUGCAGAAGAAGGCGCAGCAGCAGGCGGCGGAGCUGAAGCGCUUGGCGGCAUCAGCUGGCGGCAAGGGGGGCGGCCGAGGCGGCGGCAGAGGCUCGCCGGCCGAGCCUUCGGGCCUGGCCCCCUGCCGCGCGGCGCGUUCUCGUGUCCGCCGGCAAGGCUUCAUCGACAAUUGGAUGCACGAGGCGCCCGAGAGCCUCAACCUUUUGGCAGGCGCGCCGGCUCCAGAGCCCGAGCUCGGCGCGUCGAAGGCGCAGUCAGAGGGCCAGUGCUACGUGCUGCGCAUCAACGAGAUAGAGUUUCUCUUCCGUCACCUGGGCCACGCUGCCAGCCAGAUCAGGCCCUUCAGUGACCAGGCCUUGAUCCGUGAUCGCGUCGGCUACGCCAAUUUCAUUGCCGACUUGAUUUCUCGCGGUCUGGUUUGCCUUGGCAAGAGACGCCCACACACCGUGGGAGUAUUUUUUGUCUGGAAGUCCGACAAGGCGCGGCUCCGGAUGAUCUUGGACACCCGACGGGUGAACUCGAGGUUUGUUGAGCCGGCGUGCACUCAACUUGCUACAGCCUCAGCUUGGAGCUCUAUGAAGGUGGGCUCCACCGCCGAGCUGAACAUGGCCCAGGCGGACGUGGACAACGCGUUCUACCGGAUUAGCUUGCCGGACGGCAUGUGCGACCACUUUGCCCUCCCGGCCGUCCGCAGGAGCGAGCUCGUCGCCGCCUUGGGGCCAGACGUUGUCGUGCCCGAUGGGGGCGCUAAUAUCUCCGUU